CAAAAUGACCCACGCUUCACUAAUCGCAGUGACUGUAUUCCACUGUUUCGCUCAUCUCCUGUGUGUACACCAGGAUCUCCAGUUAGAGAACAGAUGAAUAUACUUACCUCGUUUAUUGAUGGCAGCCAGGUAUAUGGUAGUGAUUUGCCAUUGGCUGCUAAGCUUCGGAAUAACACAAACCAGCUGGGCCUUAUGGCCAUUAACCAGAAUUUCACAGACAAUGGCCUGGCAUAUCUGCCCUUUGACACUGCCGAGCCAGACUUUUGUGAAUUGACAAACAAAUCAUCUGGAAUUCCCUGCUUUCUGGGAGGAGACCCUCGUGUCAGUGAACAGCCUGGUCUUACU